AUGGAGUACGGUGCGGAAGAAAAAGCUUGGUCUGUGGUUUGGUACGGAAAGUACGGUUCGGCGAUACAUGUUCAAAGGGAAUACCGCAUGAAAUAUGGACGUAAUGCCCAACUUUCAGAUCGCAAGACAAUUCGACGUUCGUGGAAUAAGUUUCUUAAGAUUGCCAGCGUUAACAGGAAACAAAAAAAGCAGGAAAGAUGGGUAUGAACGGAGUUGAAAAUUGAAGAAGUUUUGUCAAAAUUCCGAGAAAAUCCGCAUAUGAGUACACGAAGUUUGGCCAGAACCGAGGGAAUGCCUUCACCAAGGACCAUUCGACGAACUCUGGAGGUUGAUCUUCACUUUUUGUUCUUAUUCUCAUCGUCGAUUUUCGGAAGGGGAAAUUCCACCGUAUUUUUCUUCCAUACCGUGCUCCAUUUCCGGAUACACCGGGAAAGACCGAAAAAACAACCGAAAAAAUGAACUCCAAGAAUAAAUCCAAUAACUGUGGACAUACACUUACUAUGUAUAACAUAUUUGGUAUCAGACAAAAUGGGGUUGUCAGAGGAUUCAGAGAAAAAAAGAAUUUUAAGAUUUGGCCAAAAACUAAAGAAGUUAUAGCCAAUUCAAAUCGGGCCACAAAGAUGCCCCACCCUGUAUAAAAGCUUGUUGACAAAAGGUAAAUUUUAUCCCAAAAGUAUCAACAAAUAAUCUUCGAGAUCAUUUAUGGGCCUAAAAUAAGGUUUGUUGGCAAAAAAAUUAAAAAAUUCGAAUAUUUUUUUGGAAAAAAUCCCAUUUAACCCUUCUAAAUAGCCUCCAUACUUCUCUCAUAGCUUCCUUAUGUAAGAAAAGGGCAUGAAAGACAAUAGUUUCAUUUUGCCCGACUAAUUUCCCGCAAUUUUCCGGCAUUUUGGGGACGUGAAGAGGACGCCAAUGGGGCAUGAGCCGGUUCCACUGUUUUUUCGCCUUCUUUGCUCGGAAAAGAACGCGAGGGCCUUUUCUACAUUACAGAAUUUCCAAUUCCUUGGCCGGAAUAGGAAGGGAAAAACGAUGGCCGAAGAAGGGAGCAGCCACAAUCUUCCUCUUUUUGCUGGUCCCGGGGUUUAAUUAACAGGUUUUAAUAGAAAGAUGGCAAUGUAAACAAAUUUAGAGAAGAGAUAAUAGGGGAUUAUUGAAGGGUUUGAGUGGUUUUUAAGCCAAUUAGACCGUCAAAACAUCACAUAAACAGCCAUAUAUUGGUAUUUGCAUCAAGUGCAAUAUAAGCUUAAGCUGAUACGUUGAACAUAAAGUACUUUUAGAUCUCAUUUUACUCUAAUUGCGCCAAAUCCAUCCCUUUCACCUCAAUUAUUUCGAAAAACAAUUAAAAAAAUCCACUUUCCACCUACUAUAAUAUAAAAUUAGCGCAUUUUUCGAUUUCCUUUAACCAAUUCUCCCCAUCAACGGCCAUUUUCGAUUAGAAACACCUCAAAAUGCUCAUAGAAAAAACUCUGUGACAUUUCAUUCACUAUUUUUUCGACAAGUUGAAACAGACGCAAGUAAUACCCGAUAGAAAAAAGCCAAUUCUACGCAUUUCCUCCAUGAAAGCGAGACAAACAAGGACAACAAGAGAGGAAAAAACAUUCACAAAAAGUUUAGUUCCAGUUGGUCUCACGUCAUUUUCGCAAGCGGGCGUAAUUAUUUUAGAGACGAUGUCAUUUGAUGACUAAAUUUAGCGUGGAAUUUGUAAAAAACGAUAUAAAGGACAAACGUUUGUUCAUAGAUAAUUUAAAAUUCAAUUUACAUAAAUUGAAACCUUAUUUCAGACAUAAAAAUAUCAAAAAAUAUAAAUUUCUUCAAAAAUCGUCUAAAUUAAUAUAAAUUUUCGCCAAUUUUGAUCCAAAAACCACCUCAAAUUCUCCGAAACUCCCCUCUUUUCCCACAAUCGACCUUUUCCGAUCGUAGAUUCUAAUCAGCACUCCGAAAAUGACCACCUUCUCCACCCCCAUCCCACUUAUCAGACAUUCAAUAAGAGGCGAACGAAAAACCAAAUUCGACAGCCCUCGUAAACAUCAAAUCCGAACGAGAUAAUUCAUAAUUUAUUCGUUCCAGAGGAGCGAACGAACGAAGGGGAUAAAAAAUCCGGAAAAUUAUGGGCGGAAGAGUGAGAAAAAUGAGGCGAAAAAUUGCGGGCAUCCAUCACGUUGGGGGGUUCAAAGAGAGUCCACGGAAAUGGAAUUAAGGGCCGGGAUUUAAUAGACAUUGAGUUAGAGGGCAGUUGAGCAAGUUAGGGGGUAAUUCAGGAGGAUAAAAGGGCAGAAUACCUCUUAUUACAUUAAAAUUGGGAAAAACAUUAAAAAUUGGUUUAAAAAUAUAUAAAAUAACAUGAAAAUUGAUGAAAAACACCGAUUUAAAGUAAAAAUUCAUACCGAACACCAACUCAGAAGUUUUCUAAGUCUUCCUUAGCCAAUAAGCACCACAGUUAACGACUUAUAUUUUUAGAAUAUAACUUAUUCAACCCAAUGUCAUUUUCAGGACCUUCCAUAGUGCAAAAGACAUUAUUACAGCCCCGCGCCCGGAAAUAACAACCGUCAAAAAAUGACCCCCAUAGUCAUGUACAGCCAGAGUGAAAGCAAAACUUUGACGUUAAAGCCUUUUUGUCCGUACUUAUCUGCACUUCAUCUUAUCCAUGAACAUCAAUGUCAAAAAUGCGAAUUCCAAACGAAUAUUUAAAAAGCAGACACAAAAAUAAAAAGCUUACCGAUAGUAAAAACUGGUUGCCCAUAAGCGACUCACUCCGUUGUUUUUUUAGAAAAAAGAAAAGCAUUAUCCAUGAUUCACCUGAUUCCGAUUCAAUCUAUCAACGUUAAACAAAGUUUUAUGAUGGUAAAUAAAGAAAUUAUUCAUGAAUAGCUUUCAAAACAGAGAACUUGUUUCGAACAGUGGAUUUUCAAACUAUCUCUGGACCGGAAAAGACCAUCUUACAACCUUAUACUAGCCAAGGAUAAAGUAAAACAGCUUAGACGAAAAACGCGGCUAGUAAAAAAACUUUUGACGCAAAAAGUCCUCUUUAGGCAUACUUUAUCUCUAAAAACUAAAAAGAGUCAUAAUUGACUUUAGCUUUAUAGAAAAGCAUUAAUUUAGGUAACACUUCCAAAAAAACUGAUAGAGAACUUUAGAAUUUCUCAAAAUUUACGACAAUGAUAAGGACCAAUGGUAAUAAAAACCCAUUGCCCUACUCGGCCAGUCCAAAAAGUUUCCUUUCAAAGCCAAAAUGCAUUAUGAGGGACCUAAAAUUAUAAAAGAAACAAUGAAAAAUCUAAACCAACCGAUAAAACUCUAACAAUCCAUUGACAUCCUCCAGGGUACUGAAAAGCCUCUGAAAAUCAAUGAAAGGCACGUCCAAAUAAGGGCAAGGCCGCAAAAAUAAAUCUAUAAAAACAAUGAGAAGCCCCCCAACCAAGGCCUUGAAAAAAAAGUUCAAUUUAUAUUACACUGGACGGAACACGCAUGCUGCUCGGAGUCGAAAAGACUUAUAAAAGUAUACUUUCCCUCUUUUAUUUGUCGUUUGUGGUCGAGAAAUCCGAUAAAAUGCAUCCCCUUUCAAUGUGCAAUUUUUACUUUCGCCAAAAAGGGAAAAACCCGAGCACUUUUUAUUCGUGACACUUCGUCACGCCGAUAUUGGUUUUUGGCAUUUCGUCGGUUUGGUACGGAAUUCUUGAUGAUUCAAGGGGGAAUCGACUAGUCGGACACUACAGCGGUAUAUUUCUGAUUCAAAGACAUUAUUUGCCCAACUUUGACAAACUCAUUCAAGAUUAUAUUGUUCAUGACCACAAAAUUUUUCGAUUUCAGUGAAUAAGCUUUCCGUAAUAGGAAAGUUUUACGGUAUCGUCUUCCAGGAGUCAAAAUUCAUACAGUUGGAAACAUUUGCAUAAGUAUUUUAUUAUUUUUCUUCCACUAAAUAUUAUAUUUUUUGAGCGCAAUGUCAUUUUCCCUGCGGCAAUGCAGUUUCCAAUGCAACAAAGUUCUCAUUAUUUUCCCGACAGACUGAUAAGUUAAAAUCUGUUUGCGAAUCUCGAAACACGUUUAAGUGGUCAACGAGCAAUCCGUGGUCAUUUUUCCGUAGCGUUCGAGACAGUCUUAAGUGGACUAGGUUUUUUGCGAGGAUCCGUUGUUUGCACUUCGUUCUUCCACAAUUAUCGUUUGAAACUGUUUGUCGUCGUAACGAAAAAAAUUGUUUUUACAUUUUUUUCUGAUUAAAAAAAACAGAACAAGACUUUUGAGAUUAUAGUAAAGACAAUAAAUUGUCGAUGGAGAAGGUUGGAUACAGUAGCCCAAAAACAGCGUCUCAUUUGAAAAUGCUGCAUCUUCUAAAACUAUGAUUACCAUGAAGCCCUUGUACAUCAAACCAACACACCUACGCACAACAAAAACUGUCGAUAACAGACUUUUUUAGAAGCCCUAAAUGUGAACUUCAGACCAGAAGGAGCCUCCGUACAACAAAACUUUUCUAUCAGUCUGUCGGAAAGAUCUUGAAGUCUCCGCCGAGCCUUCGCCGACCAUGCAACGGCUUUUCCAGGCUCCGUAGGCACUUUCUACAAACUUUUUUUGGGUAUUCAACUGCCCUCCGCCCCGUAUCAAUCGAUUUUGUGCUGACCCGAACUGACACCGACCCGAAAAGUCGGGACAAAAAACAAAACAUAACGACCAAUUUCAGAUAUCCCAAAGGCUAAUUUUAGGCCAAAAAAUAAUCUCCGUACAACGAAACCCGUCUAUAGCAAAUAUAUACAGUGGUGGACCUAAUCUAGUGGCAAAAACGUACCAUUUUGCUUCCGGGAAGUAUCGAAAACGUGGCAAAAUGCUUCCUCUCCAAGUGAAAAAACUCCGAUUUCAAAAGCGCGCCUUUCAAAACGGGUUUUUUUCACUUGGAGAGGGAAGGAUUUUGCCGCGCUUUUGAUACUUCCCGGAUGCAAAACGGUACGUUCUUUACCACUGGAUCAGUUCCUCCACUGUAUGUUUCCGCCGCCUUGCGGAUAGCUCUAAAGAGGCUUGACUGUAUCGUAACUAACCAAAAAAUCCGUUUUCGAUUGGGAGGUUAAUUUGGGGCGGUACAUCAAUGUUUUCUAUCAGUUUGUCGGGAAAAUAGUGAUCACAAUGUCGCUGUUCCAAUCGCCUCGUUGAAGAGAAAAGCAAUUUAAUUUUGCCACGGUACAGUUUAUUUUCACGGCGGCGAUGCGAUUUUUGAUCCGAAAUUGCGCAAAAUUAGACAUACUGAUAUAACAAAUGAAUUUUUUUUCUCCUUUUUGAUCUGUUGUACAAAAAAAUCUUUGUACUCAUUUUUGCUUCUAUAAUACAAUGCUUCAUUGAGAGUAAAUGUCAUCUACAGUACUCCCAUUCUUUUCUUUGGUUUCUCCUCACUUUAUUUAGUACCCCGCUUCCGUCAAACCCUGAAGAAUGAAAAUACAAAGGCGUUGGUCGAAGACGCGAAAAAAUCGCCUCUCGCGCUGAAAAUCCCUUCAGUUCAGAAACCGCAUGCAAAUCGAAUUACAAAAGACCGUUAGCACAAUCAGAAGGAAGAGGGCGGACAAUGCGAAAAUAUUAGGGCAAAAUGGAAGACCCCGCGCUAUUGUCCCGAGGGAUCAGCGAAGAGAGAGAGUAUUGUAAGUAGCACGCGCUAAGAUUGGUACGAGAGUAUUGUGGAGGGAUUUGGAAGUGAGGAAAAACAGGGGCCGGGCACUUGACGGAGGUGUCCACUACAAGAUAAACGCCUUCGUUUUUGUUUUUAUGUUUUUUCUCCCUUCGUCGGUCGCGGUAUAUAAGUGUUUGACCGGAACAGGAUAGCCAACAACAGAUUAUUAUAGUCGGUUUAGCGGGUGGCGGGAAUCAGGGUGACGUGUGUUUCUUGACGCUGAUAGUAAUAGUUGAUAGUAUUUACAUAUUGACAAAAGAUCUUCUGCAUAUCUUUUGUCAUCAUUUUACAGCCUUAUGCUGGCAACUACGGUAUUAUUAUGUAAUAAAAUUUAGCAUGAAAUUAAGCCAUCUUUUUAUUCUUUUUCCUUCAGGGUUUUACCAUUAAAAUGGCGUUAAGCCGAACGCUGGCUUCGGCACUGGCGAUUGCCCUAUUCGUUUCCUCCGCCUCCGCGCAAUGUGGCUGCCCCACUUGCGACCCCUGUCCACAAUGCGCUCCCAUGUUAUGCUUCCUCUCGCAACCACCUCCACCAACAGUCUGUUCAUGCGCCCCGCCACCACCGCCUCCUCCGCCCGUCUUCUUGGCCGCUCCACCAGCACCAAGUGUCUACCUGUCCCCACCGCCUCCUCCACCACCACAACAGGUGCUGUUCGCGCCACCACCCGUACCAUACCCACCUCCGCCGGCGCCGGCUCCGCCGCCUCCAGCCUAUUAUCCACCCCCACCGGCGCCACUGCCGCCUCCACCGGCCUACGAUGCUCCUCAUGUUUAUUUUGCGCCUCCACCACCACCACCACCGGCGCCAGCUCCGGCGCCAUUCUAUUAUCCGGCGCCUGCUCCUCCUCCGCCACCUCCACCACCGCCGCCAUGUGCUUGCCCUCCGCAAGAAGGUUGGUUAUCGUGAUUUUGGAAUGUAUUUUUUAUUUCGAAAGCACCAUGAGUGGUUAACCGUAAUGGUCUAAUAGUAAGAUGUUCUCUUAAUCCAAGUUGUUCUUAAUGAAGUCCAAAAAAGAGCUUUUAGGCCAUAUAUGCUACUAAAACGCGCAACGUUUAAUAAUCAGCGCAUACGUUGCAAAAUAACGAGUAUAUUGAAGUGCCCUAAACAUCCCUCUAUCGUAUUACCUGUCCCCGAUUGCGGUCGAAACCUUUCCGUCAGCACGGCCGAGCGAUCUUCUCGGAUUUCAACCCGCUAACCCUCACGUUGAAAUCGGAGCCCCAUCGUCGUCUCGGCCACAACUUUACUCUUGAUCCCACUGUCACAGCCCUCGUCCUAAUUUAGUUUACAUUCUAGUCCCUUGCCGUUGUCCGCCCGCCCCUCUUCCACCUCCGCCACCACCCGCCUUCGCUCCACCGCCGCCUCCGGCGUUCGCGCCGCCUCCGCCAGGCCCAUUCUUUGCGCCACCGCCACCACCGCCACAAUUCUUCGCUCCGCCACCACCGCCAGAGCUGUUGAGUCCUGCGCCACCACCGCCACUGCCGCUGUUCUCGGCCCCACUGCCUUGCCCUUGCCCGGCUGGAGGUAUGUUUUACUAUCAAGACGGUAGGUUAGAGUCAAUGGAAAAUACGGAACUCUUCGUCAAAAUCGGACCAAGAAAACGGCAACUUGAUCAGACAGAGUUGAAAAGUUUUUUACGGAUAUAAAAUAUCACUGUUUUCAGUGACCCCUUGCACAUGCCCACCAAACACCUACGUCUUCCGCUAUCCGUUUUCGCGGUCGCGGAAAAUGCGUCGUUUCCGCAACGAGCUGAAAAACAAGGCGGAGACCAAACCAGAAGCGCCCAAGAUCAAGGCCUAACCCAAGUAUCAAACCCAUCAAAUCCAGUAGAUGCACUUUUCAUGGCUUGA